UAUUACACAACAAAGGAGUGUAAACUCACACCCAUUAGGCGUACAUGAGUGUAUAAAACAAUGUUGAAGAGUGAGAGAGCUGAGGAUGGAUGAUGAAUGUCCUCAUGUCAUGUCUGGACCUGCGGUCCGGUGAGGGAGGGGGAGCUGGACCAGACCAGAUCAGAACGGAGCAGAGCAGCCCGACGAGGAGAAGCGACACCUGCAAACAAAACCCCACAACACCGGAGCCUUCGCUCUUCAUUUUUCCUCCUGGGGCGAAAAAACUUCGAUGAAACAGACGCCGAAGAGGGACUUCAAAGGAGUUGAGCCGAGCGCCGAGGUGAGCGCGAGACAGGCGGAACAUCAGAAAAGUCGCGCGACAGCUCGGACCGAGUGUUGGGGAAAAGAGAGAGAGGCGAGGGCAGAUAAACAGAGAAGGAAGUAAACCACCAACAUUGGCAGUGCUCUGAGGAAGACUACAGCAUUAGUCAAAACUUGUCAGCAUCAAAAGGUAUCUGCUGGAUGGAAGGAACAUGGAGGUGAACAGAAAAGAGGUGCCUUUGUAUGGACAAGUUGAAAGUCAAGUGAUGCUACAAGAAAGACUUCCUGAAGAUGCACUGUUUUAUGUUGUCGUUCGAGGCUCUAGACUUACACACGUGACGGCGGCAAAAACAGGCGACGAUGAGCAGACCCUUUCUUUUGUGGUACCAGGCCACGAUCGUGCAGAAGUUGUAUCUGUUACAGCCUACUGUUAUAGAAAUGAUCAGUUUCAUCCAUGCCAGGGUAAAUCAUACAUUAAAUACCUCAGAGAUGUUGCCCAGGAGGCAGCAGAGUUUUUUAGUGCAAACAGGGACCAGUUUGGACCUCAGAGCUACCAGGAAGUCCUGAGCAGGUUUCCUAUGUUAGGGCAGGCAGCUGACGAGGAACUCGGGGAUGGACUAUUUGACUGCAGCAAGCAGCUUCCAAGCAUAAAAAGCGAGCUGGAUGAGAGAAUCACGGAGGCUCUGGCCAACAUGGAAUACCUUCAGAAGUGGAGAAAUACAUACCAUCAUUCUGAUGAAGUUGCUGAACACCCUAAUGAAACCCUCCUUCAUCUUGCGGUGCAUUUGGGUUUACCACACCUGGCCCAUUUUCUAAUUCACCCACCGAGAGGACAAGAAGCAUUGAUGUCACCUGAUGAGGAAGGAGAAACGCUGCUCCAACUGGCUCAGACAGAUGGAUUUUAUUCGAUGUUCAGGACGCUGACCGAUCCAUCAGGGCCUGAAGACACUCCCCCGCCUGGUGUGUGGUGCUUGUGGUCCGACAGCUCCCGCAUGCUGAGGCUCUGUCCAAGAACAGGUUCUGUCAUCCUCUCUGUGCAGCAGCCACCUGAAAGCUGCCCUCUGGAUGCCAUUAAGGUCCUUCGAGAAAAACUAGAAGACAACAAGGUUUACGAACUGAUCAGUGUGGUCCGAUUUGAUGCUGGUGGAGACAAAAGAGCCAAAGUUGAAGGUCAACAUAGUGAUGAAGGCAUCAGUAAGGACCUCCAUGAGAACGAGACCUUGUCACUGGACAAUGUUUUUGAGGAGCAGACAGAUCUGUUUCUGACAAACAAUGAUGGGGAAGAGGACAUUGCAUCCUCAUUAUCUGUGAACGGACUUCCCACACAGACCAGUGAAGAUCAGGAGUUCAACCAGCAGGAAACCAAUGAUUUGAUCUCCAUGAUCAACAGCGGCGACCAGCAAACACAGGCUGGUGAUGUUGACUUUAGGUACAGAGUCUGUGGGGUGACGAGGGACAGCACGGAGACCGAUGACAAUUUAUGGGACACAGAUGAUCUUCUUGCAACGGACACCCCCCCACCCCAUUCAGAAGACCUGCACCCUCCCUCCUGCCCUCUCUCACCAGUGGAUCAGGCCCUCACAAGGCUAAACCGUUCUGUCUCCACCCAGCAGACCAACCACAGAGACAGCCCAACUAGGGAAACCUGCGACCGCAGUCUGGUGGCUCUGGAACUGGACAGCGAGGAGGAGACCAUGGAACCAAAGUCCUCUCUUUCCCCUCUCUUGUCAGAUGUUGGGAAAAGUGAAGAGAAAAGGGAUGCUUUUCAUCCAGCUCCUAACCUCCCCUGCACUCGCAGCCAGUCUGCUUCCACAUGUGAACCCACCUCAAAAGACACGAGGGAAGAGGGGGUUCGAUUGCGCUCCUAUUCCUACUCAUCUCCAAAAAUCAGCUUCCUCCCUACUCGUCAUCACCGUGACAACCACACAUCAGAACUCAGUCACGAUGCCGUCGUCCACAGUGUGAGCCACAGCCGAUCUCUCCUUCAGGCGCUCUCUCUGUCUAAAUCCACCCUGUCUCUCUCUCUGCUCCACCCUGGUAAACAAAGAGCCUCCAGUGUUUCAGAACAUUCUGAGAAAAGGGAGGCUAGGUUCCGUAAACGGGCCCAGUCUGCCGAUGAUGAGGGCAGCGCGGAGCUGGCUGAGUCCCUCCAGCAUCUCACCUUGUCUGAGUUUCUCAAAGAGAUUGAAGAGGAAGAGUUGGAAAAGUGUAACAUUCCAAUCAAAGCAGAGUCGGAGAAAUACAAAGUCAUCCGGACUUUAAGUUUCCUCAAGAGCAAGAUGUCGAGCACACGCAACAAGAGCAAGGGGAAAGGGAAGGACAGAGAAGCCAAAGACAAGCUGCUAAAUGGACAUCUCUUUGCAAGCGGCUCCUGUUUGGGCCCCACAGUGUGCGUGGUUUGUGACAAGCCAGCCUCUGGAAAGGACUUCCAGCAUUGCUCAGGCUGCACUACAAUCGUCCACAAAGGCUGUAAGGAAUCUGUCCCUCCGUGCUUGAAGAAACAUCAGGAUAAAUAUGCCCCGACAUCAGUGAGAAACAAGACGGCAUCUCUCCCACAGAACUUCACAGUGAGAGAAAGUCCACCUCAGCCCAGGAUCCCCAUCUCUCUGUCGCAGCCAGUCCUAGUCCCAAAUGGGAAAAGGGAAUCUGUGAUGCGAUCGUGCUCUCUCUCUGGAAGUCUCCCUAACAACGACAGUCUGCUCAGUGAGGGUUCAGAGACAGAAUCUGACGUCCAGAAGCGGAACAGCCAGUCAGAAGAGCUCCUCCCGACUCCGGUGUCCUCGGUCUCCAAUGAGUCGUCCUUGGGAGACGACGGCAUCGACUCGUAUAUCCUUAUUCCCGGUGACAUCUCUGCUGAUUCUGUGGAUUACGAGUCUGAGUCCUGGAGUCUGACAGUGGAGCCCAAGUUUUGCAACAAACAGGAUAAACGAGAUGUCAAGAGGCAAGAUGUAAUCUAUGAGCUGAUGCAAACGGAACUCCACCACCUGCAGACUCUGCACAUCAUGGCCGAGGUGUUCCGGCGAGGAAUGAAAGAAGAAGUGCAGCUUGAUGAAGAAGCGGUGGAGCGAGUGUUCCCCUGUCUAGAUCAGCUGCUGCUUUUUCAUCAUGGGCUGUUUGCUGCCAUGAAGGAGCGAAGACAAAACUCCGCCCAGCCGCAGGGAGACAGAAACUACAUAAUCCAACAGAUAGGAGACGUCCUGAUUCAGCAGUUCUCAGAUGAGAAUGGAGAAAAAAUGAAGCAGGUUUACGGAGAGUUCUGUAGUCGACACAAUGAAGCAGUCAGCUUCUUCAAAGAGCUCCAGCAGCACAACAAGAGGUUUCACAGCUUCGUUAAGCAACAAGGUAACAACUCUUUGGUGCGACGGAGAGAGAUCCCAGAAUGCAUCUUGCUCGUAACCCAAAGAAUCACUAAAUACCCUGUGCUACUGGAGAGGAUCCUGCAUUAUACCCAGGAGGAAACAGAAGAACACACCAGCCUCUCGAAGGCUCUGGCUCUAAUCCGAGAGGUGAUCGCAGCGGUGGACCUGAGAGUCAGUGAAUACGAACUGCACCAGAGGCUACAGGAAGUGUGGAGCCGCACAGAGAACCGCAGCACGGCCAAGCUGAAGAGCGGGUACACUUUCCGCAAGCAGGACAUGAUGAGGUCCGGGCAAAGGCUCAGACACGAGGGCCUUCUUCUGUGGAAGACCGCAACUGGUCGGCUUAAGGAUGUCCUGGCCCUCCUCCUCACUGAUGCACUGAUCUUCCUCCAAGAGAAGGACCAGAAGUAUGCUUUUGCCACCGUGGACCAGAAGCCUCCAGUCAUUCCUCUGCAGAAGUUAAUCGUUCGGGAAGUAGCGAACGAAGAGAAGGGGAUGUUUCUGAUCAGCGCCUCCUCUGCAGGCCCCGAAAUGUACGAGGUCCACACCUCAUCUAAAGAGGAGCGAAACACCUGGAUGAGGCUCAUCAGAGAGGCGGUAGAAAGCUGUCCAGAGGAACAAGAGGAGUACACAAGUGAAUCGGAAGAGGAGAAGCGAGCUGCUGAGGCUCGUUUCCAUAAAAUCCUCAAGCUGCACGAGAGCUUGUCCAGCCAGGACCAGCAGAUCUGCUCCUGCCUGGAGGAGAAGCUGCAGAUCUACUCGGCGCUCACCGCUCUGAGGCGGACGGACGUGCCACUUGUCGAACCGCGGCUGCUGGUUCAGCCGCACUCAGAGGAGCCGCCACAGGCUGCCGGGCUGCUGGCAGCAGCCCUGAAAGAGGCUGAGAACCUCAAAGCCUCACUCUCCUCCGGUUCUCCAUCAAGUCCCGGUCGGGACUCAGACUCCGUGUUUCUUGUUAUUCGCCCAACACUCUCAGAUCCCGUCCCCCUCAGCGAGGCUUUUCCUGAUAGCGCAGUCGGCAGUGAGGAGAACCGACCCGAUGCCUAUGCUCUUCAGCCAGAAGCUAAAGAUCACAACUUCAUACACUCCAAAGUUACCCAAAGUGUCCACAGUCUGACUCAGCUGCUGUACAGUUUGCAGGCUGCAGUAACCAUCCAGGACACUUACUUCGACGUUCAGCGUCUCCUCCUCCAAGAGAGUGGGCGCCCCACGCCUCGGGCCCUGCUUCUGCACCUCUCAAGCUUCCGGGGCAACACGUUACUGGAGCAGGAGAAGCAGCGCAACCUGGAGAAGCAGAAGGAGGAGGUGGUGGCAGCUCAGAGGCUCCAGGACAGACUGCGCCAGGAGAAGGAGCGUUGGGAGCGCGAGUGCCAGUCGAGGGAGAGCCAGCAGGAGGAGCUGGAGAGCAGGCUGGAGGAGAGGGAGAAGCAGUACCAGCUGGCUUCAGAGAAGCUGAGGCGUGAGCAGGAGGAGCUGGAGGAACAACUUAGGGAGUACCAACAAAGUCUGGAGCGGCUGAGAGAGGGCCAAAGGAGUGUGGAGCGGCAGCGAGAGCAUCUGGAGAACCAGCGGAAGCUGCUCCAGACCUGGAAUCAUGGGCGGCAGAGCAGCCUGCCAGCUGUGAUUCCUCACAUGGUCAUCCCUCUAGAUGAGCAACAGGACUCUCCACCAAGUCAUCCCCGAGAUUACGCUGGCAACGGCUCGGUGUUUGUGAACGAGGCCGCGUUCACCAGCGCCAGCUUUAACAACCGCCACUUCCAACACAAAAGAAACGACCCUAGUGCACACAACUGUUUCAACACCCUGCUGGUCAGGUCUAACGGCAGACAGUCCCCUAUUGUCCCGACCCCUCACGGCCAACAUUCAGACUCUCAGGAAUGGGUGAUGGGCACAGGGUACUUCUACGAUCCUGCAGGAAGACUACGGCUGCAGGACUCAGCCAGUGAGCAUGGUUAUAACGGAGAGACCUGGAUGUCGACGGCAAGUGGAGCUGACCCAUACGUGGUGCUCCCGCAUCCCGAUGGCAGACGGCUGGACCUGAGUCACCUGGUUUCCUUGGAGACUGACAGCGAUCGGGAGGAGGGCAGGGAGGAAACCAUCGUGUACCUUUGAACAUGGAUACGUUUCAGAAUAAGAACUCGACAUGACAGUUUGCUAAAAGCUUGGUUUUGACCUCCUUUUUGUGUUACUUUUAUUACUUGUUGCUUUUUAUACACAUAUAACAUAGGGUUACUAUAAAUAGACUGGGGAGGAGAGAGAUGGAGCCAGACUAUGUCUCACAUAUGUCAUGCAUCUUAGCUGGAGGCACCACGGGGUGUUUAGUGCCUCUUCUUUCUCAGUGUGUGUGUGUGUGCGCGUGCGUAACUGUCUCAGCUCCUUCCUUCCUCAGUUUGCUCCUUUCUGUCUUUUCCGGGUCCUUCACGAGUCGUCCCUUGGGCUCCAGAUUUAUUGCCAUUAAGAAGAAAAAAGAUAAGAACUUUGGCCGUACUUUUCAAAAGUGAAGCAUCUCUCCAGUGGCUGGUUAUUUUGGCGCUGGAGUACGAUGCCCUCUAUUAUUUAUCAGACUGAUGCUUGCCAUAGGCUGGGCGGUGUUUUGGAGCACCAAGAGUUAGAAUGGUGAUGGGCAACUGCAGUGCAUCCGAACCUUAUCCCUUUUAUUUAAGCACAUUUGAGUUUGAAACUGCAGAAAUGUGCAGUUAUUAAGGAGUUGUGCGAAAAGGAAACACGAAUAUACAUCAUUUAAUACAUUAAGUUCGUAAUUUAAGGCCUUUCAAGCCAUUUUAUAGUGUUUCUUUGUAUAAAUUUGUAAUAAUUACUACCUUAUCUGCUGGAGAUGCAUGUUACAUUUUGAGAGACUGUCAUCUUUUAGAACCAGCGUAGGCAGAUACAAUCAAAGUUUUCCAGCACAAAAUACGUUAAAAUCACCACAAAAACCCCACAAUCAAUGUGUUGUAAUAUUUAAUGCAUGAUAAGUGCCUACUGGUAUGCAGCAAGCAGUUUGACAGCAUGUUUUAAUAAGGUACAAUCUAACGACAGUCCAUCCAUCCAUUUCCUAUACCCCUGAUAUACACAGCGUCGCGGGGGGCUGGUGCCUAUCUCCGGCAGUUUCGGGGGAAACAGGCAGGGUACAUCCUGGACAGGUCACCACAGCCAAUCAGAUUCAGCCAGGGUGACAUGUGACAAGUCCCAGCCACCGUGUGUGUACCAGAUGCUGGUUUGUAAUGUUUUUUGACUUGAUUAAGAAAUAAAUAAAAUAAAAAUGGGCACAGCUAUGAUUUAUGCUAGGUAGCUGCAUUCAGACUAACCUUUAGCUUGUCAGUCCUGUUGGGGGUCAGACGGUAACUAUUUAUAAUUCUGAGACCGAAACAAUCUUCAAAAUAACCAAAGUUGGAUUUAAGAUGGACUUUUGGGACAAAUAAUCAAACUUAUGUUGAAAAAGGUUUUAAUAAAUAUCUAGUGUUUUUUUAUAUUUAUUGUGUUGUAUGAACAACAUCAUCCCCUUUAGGAUUGUUUAUUACAAGCAUGUAGUUUCCUACAUUUUACAGUUUAAACCACACCAAGCCCUGGCUUUUCUUGCACCUGUACUCUGUUCCAAAUGCUACAGUGAUUAUCUAGCAGGAGUUUUAGAGUAUUUAUCAGAAAGUACUUCAGUGCUUCAAGUCUGGUAGAGCUGCAGAUAUUUUACUUUAUUUGAGCAAAGUCUAACUAAGCCUAACAGCGUAAACAUCCAAGUUGCCUUAUUUGUCAUCGUUGUGCUUGAUGCUGCACGAUUGCACUUGAAUACUCAUGUUGUAUUUUUGCAUCUAAUCUGUCUGAAGUCUUUUCCCUGUAAACAAAUCUGUGCCAAUGCUUUACAUGUGUCCUCGUGUUUUACAUGAACUAUAAAAGAUGAUUGGAUUGAAUUACUUUUGUAGUUUCCUACGAGGACAGUAGAGCAGUGGCAGCAUUGUGUUUGUGUUUUAGUACCAUGUAAAUACUGUAUGUUUAUGCUUUUAUUUAUUUAUUAAUUCCAACACAUUUUAAGUUCUGUUGUGUUUUAUAAAAGGUUGCAUUGUACAUAGAUGAAUUCGUGUAAACAGACGAAGAGUUGUGUCUUCUUGUGAGUUUGUGUUAAACAUAAUGAACUAUUAUAAAAACGAUCUUUGUGAGCUCAAAAUAACGUGUUUUUUUUUAAUGUUUGCCCUUCUGUUUUAUUGCAGCAAACUUAAACAAUUUGUUGUUAAACACAUGAUUUAGCAUGGCUGCAAAUACCAACGCAGUUUUAUGUCAGUGUGCAAACAGAUGUGUGAGUGUGAGCGACCUGGUCACAUGCCAGCAGCGACAGGUGGCAGAGCAGGUGCUCGAAUGUCAGUGAUGUGCUGCUGCCCAGCUGGAACCACAUCAGCACAGGAGCAUGCCACAUUCCUGGAGCUGUGCAUCCUUUUACUAUAAAUCACAUUUUUAUUGGUAUAAAUAAUCUGGAUGACUAAUUUCAGGCUAAAAAUGAUCAUUGUUGUGGCAAAUCAGUGUUUUUGUAGCCAUUACCCUUUUAGGUAGAGCAGAAACCUGGAAUCAGUUUUCUCCUGAAUAUGCUCCUCAUUAUUUCACACCGCAGCUUAUAAAACACCAACGUCCUUCCUUUUCUGCUGCCAGAAUCUGAUUAGGUGGAGCUCAACUUAAAGGUAUAUUAUGUAGGAAUUUUACAAAUGUCAAAUGUCUCUAUCAAGUUAGAUCUGGG